GCAGGGGCUGACACUACCCCCGUGUGGGCGGCGGAACGUCCCGAGGAUGACGUGCGGCGUUCUCGAAUCCCGUGUCUCGCUCGCUCGCUCGCCGCCGCCGCCGCCGAAGGAAACGGGAAAAGCAACAAGGAGGCAGGAGCAGGCGCGGCGCCAUGGCGGCCCUGGAGCGGCCCGUGCCCAGUCCCGAGGCGUUCCUGGGCCAGCCCUGGGCCGCCUGGGUGCGGGAGGCCGCCCCCCCGCACACGCACGGCGCCGCCCCCCCGCACAGUGUAGAUCUGGAAGAGACUGGAAAGGAGGGUGGAAAAAGCAGGGAGGUUAUGAGGCUUAAUAAAGAAGAUAUGCACUUAUUUGGCCAUUAUCCAGCUCAUGAUGAUUUCUAUCUUGUAGUGUGCAAUAUCUGCAAUCAGGUAGUCAAGCCACAGGUUUUCCAGUCACACUGCGAACGAAGACACGGUUCAAUGUGUAAACCUUCCCCUUCUCCAGCUUCUCCAGCCUGUAAUUCCAGGACAUCCCUAGUACAGAUGAAACCGAAAUCCUGUAUCAGCGGCCAUAACCCUGUCAGCAGCAACUCAAAGCCAUUCAAAACGCCCAAAGACAAUCUACUUACCUCCAGUAGCAAACAGCACACAGUCUUUCCUUCAAAAGUGUCACGGGAUAAACCAUGUGUUCCUGUUCCAGUAGUCAGUCUAGAGAAAAUUCCUAACCUAGUGAAGGCAGAUGGUGCCAAUGUUAAAAUGAAUUCUGCAACCACUACCACCAUCACCUCCUCCUCAGCUUCUUCAUCCAGCAUAACUGCUCCAACUUUGGUUAAAUCUGGUUUGACAUCCAAGUCAGUGCCACCAUCGCCAGAAAAGAUUCUGAACGGCAAAGGAAUUGUAGCUCCAUCAAUAGACAAGAAACAUCAAAAUGGCACAAAAAGCAGUAACAAGCCUUACAAAAGACUUUCAGAAAGAGAAUUUGACCCAAAUAAACACUGUGGAGUACUGGAUCCUGAAACAAAGAAACCUUGCACAAGAUCGCUCACCUGCAAGACUCAUUCACUUAAUCAUCGACGAGCAGUUCCAGGCCGUAAAAAACAGUUUGACAUCCUUCUAGCUGAACACAAAGCUCGAUCCAGGGAAAAAGAAGUCGCAAAAGACAAAGAGCAUCCACCAUCUGCAAGGGAAAGCUAUCAGAGCCAGCCCACACCAGCACAAGACUCUCUGUCAGGAUCCUCAGUGAACUCUGGGCAAGAAUCUAAAGUAACAUCUCCUGCAAAAUCUAGACCACCAAAUUCUAUACUUCCAAGACCUUCAUCUGCAAAUAGCAUAAACAGCAACAGUUCUUCAAACCACAGUGGGUAUGUACCAGAACUGCCACUGCCUUCCAUGGGAGGAGAUAUCACGAGCAGAUUGUCCAGUGAUGAAGGAGAAGCGGAUGGAGCUGAAGAAUCCGAUAAAUUAGACUGUCAUUUUUCUGGACACCAUCCCAGACCUCUUGGGUUCUGUUCAUAUGGCAGUCGUUUAAUGGGAAGAGGGUACUAUGUCUUUGACAGAAGAUGGGACCAUUUUCGAUUCGCACUGAACUCCAUGGUAGAAAAACACUUGAACUCACAGAUGUGGAAGAAAAUUCCUCCUGCGGCAGACAGUCCCAUGCCUUCUCCAGCAGCACAUGUCUCCACUCCUUUUCCAGCAUCAGUCUUACAGCCCUUCAGCAACCCCAGUGCGGUGUAUAUUCCUUCAACACCUAUCAGUUCAAGAAUCACUUCUUCUUACAUAAUGACAUCAGCCAUGUUAUCAAAUGCAGCCUUUGUGACAGCGGCAGAGACGAAUUCCAUUAUGUCACACACCACAGCUUUUCCUCACGUGGCUGCAAGCCUAAGUAUCAUGGACUCAACUUUUAAGGCGCCAUCAGCUGUAUCACCAGUGCCAGCAGUCAUCCCUUCCCCAUCCCACAAGCCAUCCAAAACAAAAACCAGCAAAUCCUCAAAAGUGAAAGACCUGUCAUCACGGAGUGAUGAGUCUUCAAGUAACAAAAAGAAAAAGCCGCAGUCGUCGUCUUCAUCGUCAUCAUCGUCCUCAUUAUCUUUGCAGACAUCUCCCUCGUCUUCGUUUUCAGGGUCCCACAAAAAGAACUGUGUCCUGAACCCCAGUUCAACGUUGAACUCCUAUCAGGCGACAUCCUCCUAUAACAGUGUGUCUGUGCACAAUACCAAUAAUGGAACAAGCCCACUCAGUGCCAAAUCGGAGCCCUCAGGACGGACUUCAUUGUCAAGUAGUUCAACAGACUCAGUGAAACACAUGAGCAUGGUAGUGAGCAGUAUUGACUCUUCUAAUCUGUCUGUAUCUUCUCUCGUGCACCACUCAGGGGACCACUCCCUGGGAGCACAUAAUGCAGUGUCUUCUCUUCCCCUUUCUUUUGACAAAUCAGAAGGAAAAAAACGUAAAAACUCUAGUUCUAGUAGCAAAGCCUGUAAAAUCACUAAAAUGCCUGGUAUGAAUAGUGUUCAUAGAAAGAGCACUGCCAACCUUAUUUCUGCGGUGCCAGAUCCUACAAGCAGCUCCAUCUCUCGGCAGAUUGGAAAAAAUAGCAGUGUAGCUUUGUCACAAUCCAGUCCUUCGAGUACAUCAAACCCAGUACACAACAGACAAUGCUUUUAGGUGCCUGGAAGUGUUAACACUUCAAGACCUCAGUAUGCGGUGGUUUUUAAAUACUGAGUAACUAGAUCAUUUUAUUAAGGGAAGGUGACAACGUGUAUGCUGUGUGAGGAUUCCUUGUGCAUGAAAACAUGCUGUGUAGAGGAAAAGAUUCUUCAGAGUUGUCGUCUAAUUGCUGCUCUUUAUUUGUAAUGAUAACCAAGUUAAUGAACAUGAGAUUCACCAAAGCUUACUAAACUCAGACCGUCCCAAAAGGAAAUAUGCUGUUUAUUCAAAGCAGUUCCUUUUCUUAAAGGUCUAAUGUCAGUAAACAGGGAGGCAGUUUAGUUCAGGAACUUGAAAUAAAUUCCUGCUUUGAGUACUGUCAGCCACAGACUUUAUUGAAGUGUUUUAUACCAAAAAACAUUGUGUGAUUUUGAACCUGGCUCUGGUUUCUCUUUUAGAAGACAUCAAACCGGACUGGUAGAAUAAGGACUCUUCCAUAACAAGGAAAAGGAACCAGCCUAUAAUCUCUAGCUCUCAGCAGCCCUACUCCACAGGGUUUUUCUUUUCUAUGUCCUGCAGAUGGAUUUAAUCUUUUAUGAAUUUGUGGUUUUAAAGAAAAUUAAAUUUACAGAAAACUGUAAUAGUGAUUUGUUUAGUUUUUCCACUUGUAUUUGCCACUGAUCUGUGCGUUCUGCUUGGUUAUGUUUCAUGCCUUUUAAAGCUGUUAGCAUUGCAAUGCUCCCUUUGUUUCCUUACCAGAACACAACGGACAUUCCAAAAAAAAAAGAAAAAAUCCAGAUCAUGAUAUGAAUUUAUUUAAAGGAUCUCCAAAUUUUUUCAUUAAAUAAAAAUUACAGUAAUUCUGUAUUUAAGCUUGUCCUAUGGAUAAAAAUUGAGUGCAUUUCUUAGUAAUUUACAAACAGCUGGGGCACUGUAACUUUAGGGACUAAUCCUGAUUGGUGCUCUGUACCUACAGCAUUUAAUAAUUUCAGUGGGAAUUCUGAGUGUUCAGCCUCUUCCAGGAUCAGACUCUUAAGGAAUCUAUACUUCAAUCAAUGCAUAGCAGAUUUUGCACCAAACUGUAAUUACUGUUAUCAGGGGCCCAAUGUGUAAAAUCCCCAUAUCUUGGGGGAUUUCCAGACCCUUAAGAACACAGCACUUGAUAAUUUCAGUGAGCAGUUUGGGUUUGAGAGGACAGGAGUUGAGCAGAUUGGCUUGCAUUAAUAGAAUUGCACUGACAGUGUUUCUUAUAGGAUUACUGAAUAAUUUUUUAAUAAAAUAUAGAUUUUAUAAUCAGGAAGCCAAUACUAGGUACUGAAACAACAGUACAGAGGAGUUAAUUUUUAUUUCUACAGUGUUAAAAGUGCACUUAUAUGCUGGUUUAUUUACAUCUUGGGGAAAGGCGAGAGACUGCAAAUAGGGAGAUUAUUACUACUUUCUUUUUUAAAAAAAGAAGGCUUAAGGCAAAUUUUAAGACUAAAAAUGUUUAAGCAAUUAUAAACAAGGCUAGACCCUUUGAAAAAAGUUUAGAAAUAUUCUUAAAAUAAAUUUUUAUAGUGUUAAUUUUGUAAUAAUUUAUGUUUUGCUAUACUUCAGAGCUAACUGACCGGUAUAGUUUCAGAAACAGUAUGAAACUUAGGAAAGUUUAAGCAAUGUUUAUAUUUUUAAAAUGUUCUUUGAAUUAUGUUUUUAUUGUACAUUUCUUCAGACUGAAAAAUGUGUACAUAUCUUUGUUAUUUUUGCACAAUUUUUGUCUUGUUGAGUUUUAGGAGCAGUACUAUGUUGAUUUUUUUUAAUUUAUUUUGAGUUAUAAAACUGCAGGAUUUUAAAAAUCUCAGUAACAAAGUCAUCCUCUGUAAUCAAUGAACUGCUAUUUCUAGUUGUUGAGGGAAAACAGUGGUUGUGAGAUUCAGUGGUUGCUUCUGAGAAAUAAUGCUUAUCAGUGACUGAAGGAGCAAUUUUGUAGUUUUAGGAAGCUUUAGCUGUUUCCAUGCAUCUUUUAAUUGGAAAGCUGAAUUAUGGAACCUGUCCUUUGAAUGCUGCUUAAAUUUUGUUUUCAACUGGCUUACACCUGACAGCAUUUCAGGAAAGUUAAGCACGAAGUAAAAUCCCGUGGUGUUCUUUCAUCAUCAAAGAAUCAUUAUUUGAUUAAAUGUAUCGGAAAUUUUAGCCUGCAAAAUGAAAUGGAAGUAAACAUUUGGAAAAAAAUGGAUACAAACUGGACCAGCCUAUAAUGCAUUCUUAGUGUAGCAUUCACUCGUAGGUCUUUUUCUUCCCCAUUUGCCUGAAAACCUUGUGAUUUGUUUCCAGCAAUAGAGGCUCAGAAGCUUUGGUUGUUACACAUACGCAAUGCAUAGGCCCGUCAGCCAUAAAAAGCAACUUGGAUAACUUGUAUGCCUUCUUUUGUAUUGAUGUAACAAUUGUAAAUAGUGCUGAUCGACCUUUGUAGAGAAUAGUUUAUACAGCAUAUUCUAUUAUUGCUGAUUCUCAGUGAACUAUUGUUUUAAAAAAAAAGAAGAAAAAAAGAAAUUUUUCUAUUUACACCUUAUAUUUUGUUAUGCUGUUGACCCAUGGCACUUUAACAAAACUCUGUGGGUUUUGCAUAGCUGGUCAGUCAUGGGAUAUAUUAAAUAACUGUUGUUGCACAGAAAUGAAUUUGCACCUGCUAUAUUGUGCUUUCCUACUACAGAUUUUAGAACCUUUUCCAGAAGACUUUUGAAGAAAGCAUGUCCAAUCAUUCUAAGAAAAAAAAAAUGCCAUACUUGUACAGCCAAUUUCUUUUCUACAAUCCAUAUUUUGUAACACUAAGUAUUUUCAUUCUUUGUCCUGCACCUUUAUGUAUUAGCAGUAUCAAAUAGAAUUCAUUCCAUGCUUGUGAUAAUUGUAAGCAGAAUAAAUGUCUAAAGUAGGUGUAAAUAGUAAAUUCUAUGGCUUACAGUUUAAAAAAGGAAAACCAGAACAAACAUGUAUCUGAUUGAUACUGCCAUGGUUCAACACCGGGCCUGGAGAUAUUCUCUAGUGAGCGAUUGUAUUUUUUGUUUUUUGCUUUAUUAUUAUUUUUUUUUUUGUAACAUGGCUUUGUAAAUAAAAUAAUUUAUAUGUUUGUAAGAAAUAGAUGGGGUUUGUCAUUAUUUCUCUUUGCAAAGCAAAAAUGGUGUGUAUUGCAAGACUGCCCUUUCUCUUCCCAGAGACUGAAAUACACUGUGUGGAUACCCUGCACUGCGAUUUCCACGGCAGUUCAAAAGAUGUGCCCAGCUUUCUGCACAGGGCUGAAUUGCUCCGGGAUUAUUUUUGGCAUUCAUGUUUAAAAUAUUUCUGUAUUUACAUGUCAAGACACGUGCAGCGAUCAGCUACUGAGGUUUUUUGCACUGAUAAACCAUUUAUAAACUCCUUUGCUUAGCUGAGUGCAUUUUCUCAUUCCUUGUCAGUGUAAGAAUUAACUUUGUUACAGCUGCUAGAUUUUGGAAUUCUCACUUCAGUGGGCAGUACAGAUUUAUAACCAGUCUUUUUAUCAUCGUUAAUGCUAAAAACGCAGCUCUUAUCUAGGCAUUAGGAUUCUUGUUCUGUGUAAAGCCUGUUCAAUUACAGAUCAAAUGAGACUUAAAUUGUUCAUUGGCUCGACAGCUCUGCAGAGAGGAUUGCAAUUUUUUUCUCACAGCCACCCUCUUCUGCAAAUAUGGGGAAGAUGUACAUUUUUAUGCUCCUUUUAUGAAGUAUCUGGAAACUGCCUUGGAGAUACUGUAGGGAAGAUGCUCACAAUUACAGUAUCUUUUUUAAAAGGAAGCAAUUUGGACUGCAGACUACAUUUCUAUGUGCACACAGAACUGGCAGAGGAGGUAGGAAGCUGGGCUGCCUUGCAGGAGAAGGGAAUUGAAGGAGGGAUAUUUUACAUUCUAGGAACGGCUUGUUGUGUGAUGUCUUGCACCUUCUGAUGUCACAAAAGCUAAUCCUGAAUUUCGUCUUUACUGUCCAGUUAAUGCCUUGAUCUGAGAUACUCUGAGAUACUUGUAUUUUGAAAGCUUUUUUUUUAAUCUUUAGUUUAUCUUUUCCAGUAUAGAAAAAAUGAACAUCAUGAAGUAGCAGUAGAUGCUGAAGUUUCAUCUGAUACAAGUGGUCCCCAUGUAUGGCUAAAGAGUGACACUGUGUUUGUAAGAUGCUUUGCUAUUUCUAGCAGCCAUUGGAAAUUAAAACUACAGCCAAGAAAACAGAAUAUUGCUGAUGUAUUAGUUGCUUGCCAUCAUUGCCUGUGGCCAGCAAAGGUUGAAGAUCACUGACUUUACUUCCCAAAUAUGAAUCAGUCAUGUUUUAGCUCCUGUGGGUUUGUUGGAAUGAUCUAAAAACUGUUCUCAUAUUUGGAGUUGGGUUUCCCCUCCUUUUCUUGGUUAUGCACAAGUAUUUUGCUCGUAGCACUCCUCUCCUGCUCAUAUUCUCUAACAUGCUCUAAAUACCAUCAAUUUUAGAGGGAAGCAGAUCACACUGUAACUUCUUUAUUCAUUGCACUCUCGUUUUUAUGCUUCUGUUUUUACCAUGGAACUAUUUAUUUUAGAAGAAAGUCAUUGCUGUGUGUAACCAGGAUCUGUUUUAUUUUUCCAAAUUUGUCAGGAUUCACAAUUGGAAAAAAUGCCAAAUACUGAUUCCAGAUAUAUUUGGAAGAGAGUCAUACAACAGAUUCAGACUUCAGAACACAAGAAUGUUUAUUUCAUGCAAAUUUUUCUAUGCUGUUUUGCUCCUUGAAUAUUUCUUGAAAGCAACUACUCAAAACAAAUGCAGAUCUCUUUCUUUUAAAAGAUACUUUCGUAAGUAGAAGAAAGCUAAAGCUGAUAAUUCAGUAGCAGGUCCCAGCCUGCCCUUUGACUGGAGCAUCCAUGGCAGAUGGUACUGAGCUCUUGUUCUCAUUUUCUAAUGCACCAGAAAUGACACAGGCUGGAUUCUUUUGUGAGGGGGUUUUGUUGUCUGUGGCUGACCCAGAAAUAUUUAGCUUUAGUCUGUGAUCUCUUCUCCCUACAGAAAGGAGAAGAGAAGCUUUAGGGGAAGUUUGCCAGCAAUAAUAAUCAGGAUCCAGGAGAACUUGAUUUGAGGGUAAGGACACCAGCAGGGAUUUGAGAUGGGGCACUAUCUUCAGCUGUGCCCUUUGCAGAUUUCCCAAACCUGACAGAUUUACUUCUGAAAUUCAGUCUGGGUUUGAGUAACUUGGAGCAGUUGCUAACAUGGUUGAUGUGACACCACAAGGGUAGUUUUUCAGAAAAGCUGUCUAUCAUGGACAAAAUGCAUUUACAGAAUCCACAGGUGUGAAGGCCUUUUGGUGUAAGUACAAAGAAUGGCCUGAUGAACACAAGUGCAGCCCUGGGAGUCCGGUGUCUGUGUCAGCUCAUUUCCAGCCUGGCCCUACUGAGGCAGCAGAUGAAAUGGUGAUGGAGGAGACAUCACUGCAGAAGAGAAGCCAUCAUCCCUUCCCAGUAGGAAAUGUCCUCAGUGCUGAUUUGGAGAGCUGUGGCACAGACAUUUUGCUGGCAGAACCCCACAGAAGACUGCCCUGAUGGGCCCAGGAGAGCUAGCUGAAGCACAGGAACAGUCCAUUCUGAUCCGCUGGAAGCUGAGCAGACAUGGGAGAAGGCCAGCAUGGCUGAAUGGAAAGCUCCUGACUAAGUCAGAGGCAAAAGGCAAGUACACAGACUGUGGAAGGAGGGGUGGGCUACCCUAGAGGAAUAAAGACUGCCUAGGCAUGCUGAAACAGAAGCAGGAAAGCCAAAGCUUAGCUGGAGUUGGAAUUAGUGAGGGAUGUGAAAGACACUUUCAGUACAUUAACAUGGAAGGAAAAGUAAGUAAAAUGUGGGCCCCACUACAUGGAGUAGGUGACCUGGUGACAGAAGACAGAGGGAAGUGGUGGAGGUAUACUCAUUGCUGCCUUUGCUUCAGGUUUUAACUGGAGAGGUCUGUGCUCAGAGCUUUGGACACAGUCUGGACAGUGAGGUACUAUCCCCAGGCUGUCUGAGGGAAAGACUGCUUAUCCUGCAUUUAUAGAAGCCUGUGGGAAAAGAUGGGCUUGAUUCAAGGAUGCAGGCUGAUACCAUUACCAUGUAGCUGAGCACUGGAACACAGACCAAAUGAUGUUGUGGAAUCUCCAUUCUGGAGACAACAAAAACUUGACAAGGCUGUGAACAACCUGAGCUGGUCUUUGAAAUUAACCCAGUUUGAGGAGGAAAGGGAGUUGACCACAUGAUCUCCAGAGGACCAUUCCAACUUAAUUAUUCUGAUGAUCUAUACAGUAAAAACAACAAAAAAAAAUGGUUCUGGCUGUUGACUUAAUUAAUACUCAGAAGCUCAGUAUUUCUGUAGUUAAGCACUUUCCUCUGUAAAUGUAUAGUGUAAAAUCCCCUGAUGAGGAACUCACCUGUAUCUUGGAAGUCCUUGGGGACACAGAGAGGGAAGGUGCAGUGGAACUUUUCCAAAGCAGGUAUAGCAAUGGCAGGACCUAUCCCUACAGCUCACUGUUUCCCAGCGUCCAUGCUGAGGAGCAGCAGAGGCAGGUAAAGCCUUAAGGGAGCUGCUCUCAGCAGCUGUGUGCACAGGAAGCCUAUGACACACCAUGGGAUCUUUCCCAGAUCAUAUUGCUCCUGUCUUUCCCACAGCCCAAGACUUGAGUCUUCUGACAUUCACAUUUGAAAGAAUAUGUCUAUCUGCCUGUUUUCCCCUGCAAGACAAAUGGUUGUUCUGGAACCAGCUGCAUAUCUGACCUGCAGUCCCUGUUUCUCUUCAUGACAACUCUUAACAACUCACUGUAGUCUAUUUAGUCCUAUUAAAUUAGAUGAAAGGCUUAAAUUACUAAUGAUAUUCUGUAGAAGGCUCAGCUUCUGUCACAACAGGUAUUAAGCCUUUUGAACAAAUCCAAUUUAUAUAACCAGAACACUUUAGACAGAUGAAAAUAAUUUGGUCCUUCAGCUCUUUAUUAAAACUCAUUUAGUAGCAUCUCUAUAAUGGAACCAGAAUACUUUCAGAUGUUUGUCAAAUCCUGUUUUUCUCAGCCACCACAAGUUCAAUUUCUCCUAUAGUAGCUCAUUAGAGCUCCUCACAAAUUAUCCUGGACUAUGAUACUUUUAGGAUUCAUACAUAUAGCUGGUACUAUCAUUAUAUGAACUGAGGAUAAUAAUUUAUUACAUAAAUAAUAAAUACAUUAUUCAUUAUCAGAAUAUUUUUUCAAGUAAAUAAAUUGUGCUUCCUUAAUAGUGAAAUAGAAUUUUAAAAAAUACAUUUCUAGUUAUAAAUCAAUUGGGGUUUGCUCUGUUUAGUGUUUUUUUUAAACCAUUCCUCAGGGAAACACAUUUAAAUCUGUAAUUCCUGUGCUUAUUCUUAAAAUUUUAGCCUUAACGUGUAUUUCAUACUGGUUAUCUUUGCUGACCACUAAAGGAGAAACAUCCUUUUCCAAAUGCUGGUUUCCUUGACCCAAACACUGACCUACCUACCAGUAUUUCACUUGCUCCUUCUUUUCCUGUCAAUCUUCCUAUCCUUAGGUUCUCAUUUUCAAUAAUGUAUUUUCCAUACCUUUAUUUCUCCUCUGCUGACCAUCUCUUCUCCUGUUUGUACUUCACAUUUCAAUCUACACUUCCUCCUAUGACUCUUUUUUAGGAAAAAAUUUUGCAAAUGCUUUGCACACUCUGCAGAAAGGCAUAAAAAGACAAAUGCAGGAAUGGAUUGAGUAACUAUGGGAUGUUUUACUUAGGAAAAGGAGGUUUACAUCACUGCCUGCAACUGUCACAGGAGGCAACUGUUAGAAACCUACAGCUCCUCUAGCCCUCAUUGAGACUCAAAGCAGGUAGCAUAGUCAGUUUAAAAUACUAGAGCAUACAGACAGCACAUGGCUGUACAAUCUCUGCAGCUUUGGAUGCUGCCUUUCUCCCACUUUAUCUAAGAAAAAAUAAGUGAAUUCUAUUAAUGUCUUAGAUAUUUUAAUUUUGGCAAAUAGUUAAAUAUAUUUAGUGCUACACUUUUCACAGGAAUAUUAUUCUUCUUUACUAUAUGCUCAUUUAUCAUUGCCUGGUUUUAUUUGAUGGCAGAUAGUUAUAUCUUUGUAGAUUUCCUUAUUUUUUUUUUAGUGGGAUGCUUUACUUGAUUAUCUUUCUCCUACUAAUAAUGGGUAGUACAGUCAAAAUCUUCUUUGAUGUCUCUUCUCUGUUUGCAUAGGCUAUGCUGCAAGGCUCAAUAGUGGUUUUAAAAUGUAAACUCUCUUACUCUCAGUUGCUGGCCACUGGUUUUGCACCUCACACGGGUGUGGAACACUGGGAACAUCCUGGCAUCCCCGCACACCUCGGGGAUGAACCAGGACUGUACCUGCGGAGCGGUGAGAAGUGAAGGUGGUACCGCCGGUGGAAGGAAACGUGACUGGAGAAAAGCCACGCGAGUUCCUGAUCCAGGUGCUGGAGAGGGUAAAGGCUGGGAGACGAGCCGAGGGCGAGUACCCGUUCCUCAUGGACGAGGCCAACGUGGACGCCAUGUUCAGCCUGCUGGAUGUCCUAGGCCAGGGCCACAUCAGGCCAGCGCAGUACAGGGAAGG